CCACCCCCCCCCCCCAGUCUUUCCUUCUGUCAGCUUCGUCUCUUUUGAGGAUUACUUUCAAAGCCAUUUCUUACUCAUCAUUUGGUGCCAUUUAUGCAUCCUGGCAAAUCAUGACAAAGAUGAACAUUUCAAUCCACAGAGAGAUAACAUUUACUUGACAGUCCUGGAGUGAUUUUUUUUUAGUGGCCGAGGGUGGCUCCCCUGGAUAUUUACACUGCACCUCCUCACGCCCGAAAUCCCUCACUUCUGCUUCUAAGGAGCAAUUUGAACAUUCAGAAGAAUGAUCUUUCGGAGUCUCUGGAAGUCCUUUAGCAAGGAGCCUGGCAAGAAACCUGUACCGCAGAUGGAGAUGAAAGUGUUGAUCCUAGACAGGUUCUUUCAGAGUGCCCUCCAGACACUGCUUAGGGACACUCGUUGGGGGGCUCUGGGGAGAGGGUGUGCUUCAUUCUUGGCUUGAAAGCAUGGAGGGAUGCACACAGACCAGGGACACCCCUCCAAACUGUAGAGUUUCACCUAAUUUGCAGAAAGUAGCCUGGAAAAGUGGAAACCCAAGAGAUAGUUGAACCUAGGUUGUCUCUCAUGGGACAGACAGGUCCUUUCCUAAGUAAUGGUCUCUAAAUUGCGCUAACCAGGUCACCUCCUCCUCCGAGAGAGCAGGGAGAGGAGCAAAGGUCACCUCCUCAACCGCCCCAUGGUAUCUUGUCAAGGCGACCCCAUCACGUUCAUUCUUUGUGUAGCAUCUGUGCAUUACUGAUUGCUGGGAGCAGAUAGGCUGAUGCCAGCUUCAGAGAGCUGGAGUGAUCUUUGGGGUCAUCUGGUCUUCAAACUCUGAGCAGGAGCGGAAGCGCGCCCCUCACUCACCCCAGAAGCCAUGGUCGCACUGCCUGUGAGGAAUACCCGAGCCCUGAGCAGCCCGCAGUGCCGGAUCUGCAGCCAGUGACUCUGAAGGCUCCGAAGCACGUGGCGUGUUCGCCCUGGUUUUCAGGCUCUGACGCACCCAUUUCCUCCCGUGGUCUCAGGACCUCAGCGUUUACAGGGAUGCGUGUGCUUUUGCCGGGGGUCAGCUGCGCAACCCUUGAUGAAUGUGAAAAGAACCCAGUCGUGGAGAAAAGCCCGUGCACUCACCCUGCCACAGGCCUCUCUGGAUCGGGAUGCGGGUCCCCACGCCUCAGGGCGGCGGCGUUGUGCGAAGCAAGUGAGAAUCACCCGAGUCUCUUAACGCCCGGGGUUUCAAUUGUAGCGUGGUCGGGGUGUGGGUGUGUGUUUCCGGGGAUCGGACCUAAACAGAGACGCUUCAAGACCAGAUGGAUCAGAAAUCAGCUCCAGGCAAGUCCGGAGCCGACUUGUCUGAGACAGACAAGUGUACGCCGACCCGGGGGCGGCGUGGGCGGCGUGGGCAGCGUGGAGUGGGACAGUGGCGCCGCACACCGCUCACUUCCUGUUCAACACGCACCGCCUCCACCGCCCAGCGCUCCCGGAGCCUGAGUCCGUGCCAGGUCCGGCCCCUAUAGUCCCCCGAGUCUUGGGGGACGGGGCUCAGAGGCCGCCCGGGGCGGGAGCCCUGCCCAAUUCUCCCCUAGGGGCUGGGGCGCGCCCUUCGGCCCGCAGAACCCUGCCAGCCGCCGCCUCAGUUUAUUCCUGCGGCCACGCGCCAGCCCAAUUGCGAGGAGCCAUCGCCUUUGCACCUCCUCUUCCCCCUCUGCCCUCCCUCUCGCCUAGAGAGGAGGCCCUCCGGGUCCCAGGCUCCCUAGUGCUUCAUUGUGCGGCCCAGGGUUAUGCAUUUCUAUACUAAGCUUCUCUUUCUGGUCACCGAUUCCACCGAGGCACAGGCACGGAAAGGCUGUUUUCCAAAUUGCUGUUGUUAAUUGCACCUGCCUGGCCAAUUACCUCUGGGAAUCUGUGGGAGGAGCCGAGAGGUGGAAAAUGUUGCUUCGCUUUGCAGGAGGAGGAAAACUUUGUCACCCAGCACGAGACUUCUGCCACCCGUAAUCAAAAGCAGCGCGGUUCUCACUCUGCACUCGAUGAUUUGGUAGGAGGAAGAGAUCGCUCCGACCCGGCAUCCCGCGGACCGCCAGCCCCUCGGGUGCCGCCCCGCGUGUUACCUGCGCCACCCGCCCUCCCCGCGGAAGUCCCCACGAGGUGUUUUCAGGGUGGAAGGACAGUCUUAAAGAGCGCGCGGCUCCCGUGUAACGGCAGCAGCCCUAGGAGACAGCGAGGGGACCGAACCCCGGGGACGAGGCACCGGAAUUAACUUCUGGCUAAAGUUAUGGGAAGCGCAGCCAUGGACACCAAGAAGAAGAAAGAGGUUUCCAGCCCCGGCGGGAGCGGCGGCAAAAAGAACCCCAGCCUGAAGAGACGGUCACUGCGUGUGCACAUUCCGGACCUGAGCUCCUUUGCCAUGCCACUCCUGGAUGGAGAUGUGGAGAGUUCGGAAAAGCACUCUUCUCGGAAGGUGGACAGUCCCUUCAGCUCAGGCAGCCCUUCCAGAGGACUCUUCUCCAGGGGCCCCCAGCCCCGGCCCUCCAGCCCUGUGUCUGCUCCUGUGAGGCCCAAGACAAGUCCUGGUUCUCCCAAAACUGUGUUCCCAUUCUCCUACCAGGAGUCCCCUCCACGCUCGCCCCGCCGUAUGAGCUUCAGUGGGAUCUUCCGCUCCUCAUCCAAAGAGUCUUCGCCCAACUCCAACCCAUCUACCUCUCCCGGGGGCAUCAGGUUCUUCUCACGGUCCAGAAAAACCUCCAGCGUCUCCUCUUCUCCAUCAACACCCACCCAAGUGGCCAAGCCUCACCCGUUUCCCCUGGAGUCCUACAAACAGGAGCCUGAACGCCUAGAAAACCGCAUCCAUGCUUCCCCACCGGACACCGGCCAGCGCUUCUGCCUGGCCUUUCAGAGUCCAGUGCGGCAGCCACUGGCAUCCCCCCCACACCAUGUUCCUCUAAGAACCGCGGCGCUGGCGGCGGACCCGGGACCCGCGGAAGCCGGCAUGCUGGAGAAGCUGGAGUUCCAGGAGGAAGCAGAAGACUCAGAAAGUGGCGUUUAUAUGCGAUUCAUGAGGUCACAUAAGUGUUAUGACAUCGUUCCAACCAGUUCAAAGCUUGUUGUCUUCGACACUACGUUGCAAGUUAAAAAGGCCUUCUUUGCCUUAGUAGCCAACGGAGUCCGUGCAGCGCCUCUGUGGGAAAGUAAAAAGCAGAGCUUUGUAGGGAUGCUCACUAUUACAGACUUCAUAAAUAUACUACACAGAUACUAUAAAUCACCUAUGGUACAAAUUUAUGAAUUAGAGGAACAUAAGAUUGAAACGUGGAGGGAGUUAUACUUACAAGAAACCUUCAAGCCUUUGGUGAAUAUCUCUCCAGAUGCAAGCCUCUUCGAUGCUGUAUACUCGUUGAUCAAAAAUAAAAUCCACAGAUUGCCAGUUAUUGACCCUAUCAGUGGGAAUGCACUUUAUAUACUUACCCACAAAAGAAUCCUCAAGUUCCUCCAGCUUUUUAUGUCUGAUAUGCCAAAGCCUGCCUUCAUGAAGCAGAACCUGGAUGAACUUGGAAUAGGAACGUACCACAAUAUUGCCUUCAUUCACCCAGACACUCCUAUCAUCAAAGCCUUGAACAUCUUUGUGGAGAGACGGAUAUCAGCACUACCUGUGGUGGAUGAGUCAGGAAAAGUUGUAGAUAUUUAUUCCAAGUUUGAUGUAAUUAACCUUGCUGCUGAGAAAACUUAUAAUAACCUAGACAUCACGGUGACCCAGGCCCUGCAGCACCGCUCGCAGUACUUUGAGGGUGUGGUGAAGUGCAAUAAGCUGGAAACACUGGAGACCAUCGUGGACAGAAUAGUAAGAGCCGAGGUCCAUCGGCUGGUGGUAGUGAAUGAUGCAGAUAGUAUUGUGGGUAUUAUCUCCCUGUCAGACAUCCUGCAAGCCCUGAUCCUCACACCAGCAGCAGGUGCCAAACAGAAGGAGACAGAGGCCGAAUGACCCCCGUGAAUGUAGACACCCUCACAGGAGAACUUGAACAGAGUCUCGGGGUCGCGUUUUGCCUCAUGAACACUGGCUGCAAUGGAAGAAAAUAAAGUGGCUAAGAAUGUAUAUCAGGGUUUGGCGAUGGGUAUUUUUCCAGUGAUUUGUAAGCAUAGGAAAAGAUUUUAUGUGCUUGAAGAUUCAGGCUUACAUUCAAAGACUGUCCUCAGACCCCCGUCCGAGGGGUUUCUAAUGCUGUAUGUCAUUAAAGUGCACUGUGUCCUGAAAUUAGUACUACUUUUCAUUUCAAAGAAGUCACUGGGAUGGAACGGGUGCCCGAAAGGGAGUGAACGGCACGUCCAGAUCACGGUGCCUUAUGUCCAAACACGCAAUAUGUCACCGCUGCUGCCGCCGCACGCCCCAAAGUGCUGCUGAAGAGAUGGCCAGCCUGAAUGUGAACAUCUUCAAACCUUUUACCCAGUCUCUCUCUCUUCAUUUGAUUUGUUGGAAAGUUGUAAUUUUAACGUAGGCACCUGAAAACUUCAGGAGAUGGUCCUGAGUGCUAUGUGCCCUGUUCUGGCUACCAUGUCGGCGAGGCUGGCUUGGCAACAACGCUUAUUUAUUUUUAUUCUCGUGCAGUUUUUUACACAUCUUUUGGUGAGUGGAUUCACCAAACCUAUGAAUAAAAUCUUGGUUGUUCUCUUAAA